CCAGACGCUGAAGUACUGAAAGUAGUACUGAAAACUUCAACUAUACAGCUGCACCAUGGACACGUCACAGGAAUGACAAGAAAAGGUGUGAGCAGGCUGUGGAAUAUUUUCUUAUUACUGAACGCGUAUCUCCACGAUGUCACUGAAAGCAGGGCUGCAGCACAUGGUUCGGUCUAGCAACGUGCAUUAACCUGCCUGUUAGAUAUAAGAGUGCAGCUGAACAGCAGAUACUGCACCUGCAGUUAUAGUAUAACAACACAUUUUUCAGGUUAUUGCAAAACUUUGUUUUUAAUCAUUUCAUUUGCUUGUUUUUUUUAAGUUAUUCAAAAAGGGUUUGAAGGCACAGCCACACAACAUCCAUUAAAGCACACAGACUAUUACCAGACAAUUACAUUAAAAGAUAUAUAUGAACAAUAAUGUUUGCCAUGUACAUGUGUGUACGUACAUCUGUGUGUAAAUUCUUUGCCACUUGUUGGCAAACUUUUUUGUCUGUAUUGCACGCUGAUCAUUUCUACAUCUGCUUCCAGGUUUUUGUAGUGAUUUACGUGGACCAGUUCCAGCUAUAACACAAGCAGCAUGUUGAGAGCAAUAGUUUUAACCAGUCUGUUACCUUUCUCAUAUUCUAGCAGUGAUAAUCUUUAUGACGGCAUUAACCCUUCACUCUGUGUCUGUUUCUGCCUUGUUUCUUCCAGGGAUGAGUGCAAUGAAUUGGAGCACCGGCAUCUGUGACUGUUGCUCUGAUAUGAGCUCCUGUUGCUACAGCCUUUGGUGUUUCCCCUGCAUGCAGUGUCAGACAGCCAGUAAAAAUGGAUGGUGUUGCGCAAUGCCACUCCUGGACAUUUGCUGUGUGGUGUCCUGCUUACUCCGUCAGUCCAUCAGAAAGCGCUACAACAUUGUUGGCUCGUUCGUUGAUGAUGCCAGCAAUGUGAUUUUCUGUCACCCAUGCGCCUGGUGCCAGAUGUAUCGUGAGCUGAACAUCAGGGAAAACCAGCAGCCUGCUAACUCAUCAGUGGUUACCACUCAGGUGGUCCGUGGAUAAGAUACAACCACUUUUGAUGUUCAGGACCUGUUGUGGUUUUGGGGUUUGUUUAGUUUUUUGCACGUAAGAAGGGAUUUGUUCAGUUUGCCAAAGAGAAUCAAGUAGCAUAGCGUCCUAUCUGCUUUCAUUUUCAGAGUCCUGCACAGCUCAUUACUACAGUGUAGUCAUUAGCUCCGACCAUCAAGUGUGGUUCCGUGUUCCAUGUUAGUUUUCUUUCAUACAGUUUUAAACACUUGAGCUUUAAAAUGAGAUUUUUUUAAAUGUUUCAUUGACAUAUCAGGUGGUGGUUGUUAUCUCAGGGAAGGUUUUAAUCUGACUAAUAAAAUCUCUGUGCUUAAUAAAACUUGAUUGCUCUUGUUGUAAUUUUUCUUGAGUUUAACCUGUGUUCAUAUAAAAUCUCUUCAAUUAAAUGAAGGAUCGGUUUCUGCUGAAACUUCAGCUUGGACUACAUGAAACUGA